AGAUCCUGAGGCUCCCUUGUUUUAGAGAGGAAAGAUUUUCAUGGACUCCUGCAACGUAAUUGCAGUUUACUUUCUAGAUUCCCUUGAUUGAGGAAAAUGCAUAAUGUCAGAAAAGUAACACUGACUUAUUAACACUUUAUAAGAAUUUGCAUUUAUUCAUCACAAUAGCAUCUGCUUAUAUUUGGAGUGGAGGAAGGAUAGUGCACAUUUUUGCAAAACAGCAUUUGUUCAGGCAUGGAUGUGAGACCCUCACCAUAGGCAGACUGGAAACAUGCUCUGUAGCACAUAGAUUAAGAGUGGGUCUUGGGAGGCUGAGGUGGGUGGAUCACCUGAGGUCAGCAGUUCGAGACCAGCCUGGCCAACAUGGUGAAACCCCAUCUCUACUAAAAAUACAAAAAUUAGCCAGGCGUGGUGGCAGGUGCCUGUAAUCCCAGCUACUCAGGAGGCUGAGGCAGGAGAAUCACUUGAACCUGGGAAGCAGAGGCUGCAAUGAGCUGAGAUCAUGCCAUUGCACUCCAGCCUGGUCAACAAGAGCGAAACUUCAUCUCAAAAAAAAAAAAAAAAAGAGUGGGCCUGGAAAGUAGAAGCCCCCAGGAUUCAUUCCUGCUCCAUCCUAUUCUAGCUGUGGGACUUGGAGGCUGACGCUUGUGCUUGCCCUGGCAACCCUGAUAGCUGCCUUUGGGUCAUCCUUCCAGUAUGGGUACAACGUGGCUGCUGUCAACUCCCCAGCACUGCUCAUGCAACAAUUUUACAAUGAGACUUACUAUGGUAGGACCGGUGAAUUCAUGGAAGACUUCCCCUUGACGUUGCUGUGGUCUGUAACCGUGUCCAUGUUUCCGUUUGGAGGGUUUAUCGGAUCCCUCCUGGUCGGCCCCUUGGUGAAUAAAUUUGGCAGAAAAGGGGCCUUGCUGUUCAACAACAUAUUUUCUAUCGUGCCUGCGAUCUUAAUGGGAUGCAGCAGAGUCGCCACAUCAUUUGAGCUUAUCAUUAUUUCCAGACUUUUGGUGGGAAUAUGUGCAGGUGUAUCUUCCAACGUGGUCCCCAUGUACUUAGGGGAGCUGGCCCCUAAAAACCUGCGGGGGGCUCUCGGGGUGGUGCCCCAGCUCUUCAUCACUGUUGGCAUCCUUGUGGCCCAGAUCUUUGGUCUUCGGAAUCUCCUUGCAAACGUAGAUGGCUGGCCGAUCCUGCUGGGGUUGACCGGGGUCCCCGCGGCGCUGCAGCUCGUUCUGCUGCCCUUCUUCCCCGAGAGCCCCAGGUACCUGCUGAUUCAGAAGAAAGACGAAGCGGCCGCCAAGAAAGCCCUACAGACGCUGCGCGGUUGGGACUCUGUGGACAGGGAGGUGGCCGAGAUCCGGCAGGAGGAUGAGGCAGAGAAGGCCGCGGGCUUCAUCUCGGUGCUGAAGCUGUUCCGGAUGCGCUCGCUGCGCUGGCAGCUGCUGUCCAUCAUCGUCCUCAUGGGCGGCCAGCAGCUGUCGGGCGUCAACGCUAUCUACUACUACGCGGACCAGAUCUACCUGAGCGCCGGCGUGCCGGAGGAGCACGUGCAGUACGUGACGGCCGGCACCGGGGCCGUGAACGUGGUCAUGACCUUCUGCGCCGUGUUCGUGGUGGAGCUCCUGGGUCGGAGGCUGCUGCUGCUGCUGGGCUUCUCCAUCUGCCUCAUAGCCUGCUGCGUGCUCACUGCAGCUCUGGCACUGCAGGACACGGUGUCCUGGAUGCCAUACAUCAGCAUCGUCUGUGUCAUCUCCUACGUCAUAGGACAUGCCCUCGGGCCCAGUCCCAUACCCGCGCUGCUCAUCACUGAGAUCUUCCUGCAGUCCUCUCGGCCAUCUGCCUUCAUGGUGGGGGGCAGCGUGCACUGGCUCUCCAACUUCACCGUGGGCUUGAUCUUCCCGUUCAUCCAGGAGGGCCUCGGCCCGUACAGCUUCAUUGUCUUCGCCGUGAUCUGCCUCCUCACCACCAUCUACAUCUUCUUGAUUGUCCCGGAGACCAAGGCCAAGACGUUCAUAGAGAUCAACCAGAUUUUCACCAAGAUGAAUAAGGUGUCUGAAGUGUACCCGGAAAAGGAGGAACUGAAAGAGCUUCCACCUGUCACUUCGGAGCAGUGACUCUGGAGAGGAAGCCAGUGGAGCUGGUCUGCCAGGGUCUUCCCACUCUGGCUUAUUUUUCUGACUUCUAGCUGUCUGUGAAUAUCCAGAAAUAAAACAACUCUGAUGUGGAAUGCAGUCCUCAUCUCCAGCCUCCCCACCCCAGUGGGAACUGUGCAAAGGGCUGCCUUGCUGUUCUUGAAGCUGGGCUGUCUCUCUCCAUGUUGGCCUGUCACCGGACCCGAGUCAAUUAAACAGCUGGUCCUCCACUUUCUGGUUCAGCCUUCGUGUGGCUCCUGGUAACAUGGCUCCACCUUGCUGGGUCAACCUUUGUGUGGCUCCUGGUAACAUAACAAAAACAGUUACUAUAGUGGUGAGAUGGAAGGAAUCAAAUUUUGCCAGAGAAACUAACUUGGUGGCCCUGACAGGUCUUCCAGGGCCAUGGGCAUUUGUUUAGAGCCCAAUUCAUCCUCUUACCAGAUCCUUUUCCAGAAAUACCUGUCUAGGAAGGUGUGAUGUCAGAAGCAAUGACAUCCAGAAAGCUGAGGAACAGGUUCCUGUGGAGACACUGAGUCAGAAUUCUUCAUCCUAAAUUAUUUUGUUAGUGGAAAAUGGAAUUGCUUCUGUGUAGUCAAUAAAAUGAAUCUGAUCACUUUUCAACAA